AGGAUUGGUUAUUUGGAAAAUGAUGGCUACACGCAUCCAUCUCCAAGCAUGGCCCGAGGCGUCAGAGAGGUCAAAGCUCUGCUAGAGCAGGCGGGACACACAUUUGUCCCUUACUGUCCACUGAAGAUGAAUGAAAUUGUCCCUGAGCUGUGGCUUAGGGGCUUACUGGCAGAUGGAACUACCACCCUGCUACAAAAACUGAAGGAGGGGCCUGUGGACCCUUGUCUGGAGCCACAAGUUUUUGAAUACAGGCUUCCUAAGUGGUUGAAGAAAAUAAUUUCAUUCCUCCUCAAACCUGUGUCUCCUCACACUUCUGCCAAAAUGAGUGCUCUUUGUGGAGUUGGAUCUGUUCCAGAGCUGUGGAAGCAACAUGCUGCUGUUGAGGUACUGUCAGCUGAUGAUGCAUGGUCAUGUAUGAAAGCAGUGACCGAUGGCGAGGGUCUACCUGUGGCGGUUCAGUGUGUUGCUCUGCCGUGGCAGGAUGAGCUCUGCCUGCGCUUCAUGAAGGAAGUGGAACAACUGGUCAAAGAAAGCAAGAAGUAA